CCUCUUUAAAACCCCUCACACAAACCGACUCCCGUUCAUCGAAGCAAAACAUCACAGACAAUCUGCCACCGUGCUGGCCUGCUCCCCUCACAUCACAUCAACACUUGCCCUGCCUUGCACCUAUGGCACCCACGGCGGCCGAAUCACGUUUGCCCCUGGUGGCGAUCGUCCUUGCGACCUUCGCGUCGACCCUUCUGCUGACGCCAGUGGCGGCGAACCAGGACGUGGACGCGCUCUCGGCCCUGAGGAGAGGCCUACAGGACCCCAAUGGCGAGUUGAAGAACUGGGACCCGAACCUGGUGGACGCCUGCACCUGGUCCCACAUCACCUGCGACCGCAAUAAGAACCGCGUCACCCGCAUAGAUCUUAACAAAAUGAACCUGUCCGGACCUCUGGCGCCGGAGCUUGGCAAACUGGACCGGCUACAAUAUUUGGAAAUCGAUCACAACCGUUUGACAGGGCCAAUCCCAAGGGAGCUGGCUGGGCUGUCCAACCUGAAACAUGCGGAUUUUUCAAACAACAACCUCUGCGGCCCGAUUCCGACGACUGGAGCGUUUCAGCGCAUACCUCGGAGUAGCUUUGCCAACAACCCGCGCCUGGGCAGGAAGUGCUAGAUGGCGCCGGCGGCCGGCGUGAAAUAAACUGGUAGUGGCAUGCAGUUGCAGCUAGCGAAGCGGCGGUUCAUGUUGAUAGUAGCUGUGUGUGGGUGUGUGCCAGACCAGACAGGUUGAUUAGUUUCUGCUUUGUACAAGCCGAGAUCGAUGUGGUCGUUGCCGUGAGAUCGAUUACAUCCCGUAAUAAAAUCGCUAACUGAUGCUCCAUCCUA